CAAUUCAACGAAAUACUCUUUAUUCGAACGACAACGGGAUCUCUUGUUCAGUAGAUCACCAGCCUUACUCCGACGUUUAUUACGAAUUUUCUCGGUGACUCGGUGACAACUACAAAACUGCGUGCGGUGCUGUAGAGAUUUUCGCUUGAGAGGAAACACAAAUCAUAAUACUAGAAACGCGAACCGAUCGCAACAUUAAUUUAGAGAAACAGAAUCGAAAAUCUGACCUAGCAAACAUGUCGUCAUCGCAGGCUGUCCGCUCCUCGAAAUACUCCUACCGGGCCACGUCCACCGGACCCGGUGCCGCCGAUGUGAACAUCGAGUACAUCCAGGACCUGAGCUCGCUCUCCCGCUUGGAGGACAAGAUCCGUUUGCUCCAAGAUGAUCUUGAAGUUGAACGUGAGUUGCGUCAAAGGAUCGAGCGCGAGAAAGCCGAUCUCAGCGUUCAGGUCAUUCAGAUGUCCGAGCGUCUCGAGGAGGCCGAGGGUGGUGCUGAACAUCAAUUUGAAGCCAACCGCAAGCGCGACGCUGAGCUGCUGAAGCUGCGCAAGAUGCUUGAGGAUGUUCAUCUUGAGUCGGAGGAGACCACUUUGCUUUUGAAGAAAAAGCACAACGAAAUUAUCACGGAUUUCCAGGAACAGGUUGAAAUCCUAACGAAAAACAAGGCCAGAGCCGAGAAGGACAAGGCCAAAUUCCAGACCGAAGUCUACGAGCUGCUCUCCCAGAUCGAGUCCUACAACAAGGAGAAGAUCGUGUCGGAGAAGCACAUCUCCAAGCUGGAGGUCUCGAUCACCGAGCUGAACGUGAAGAUCGAGGAGCUUAACCGCACCGUGAUCGACAUUAGCUCCCACCGAUCCCGCCUCUCGCAGGAGAACAUUGAGCUGACCAAGGACGUCCAAGAUCUGAAGGUCCAGCUGGACACGGUCUCGUUCUCCAAGAGCCAGGUCAUCUCCCAGCUGGAGGACGCCCGCCGUCGCUUGGAGGACGAGGACCGUCGUCGCUCGCUGCUCGAAUCCUCUCUGCAUCAGGUUGAGAUCGAAUUGGACUCGGUUCGCAAUCAACUCGAGGAGGAGUCCGAGGCCCGCAUCGACUUGGAACGUCAGUUGGUCAAGGCCAAUGCCGAUGCCACCUCCUGGCAGAACAAGUGGAACUCCGAGGUGGCUGCCCGCGCCGAGGAGGUCGAGGAGAUCCGUCGCAAGUACCAGGUGCGCAUCACCGAGCUGGAGGAGCACAUCGAGUCCCUCAUCGUCAAGGUCAACAACCUGGAGAAGAUGAAGACGCGCCUGGCCAGCGAGGUGGAGGUGCUCAUCAUCGAUCUGGAGAAGUCCAACAACAGCUGCCGCGAGCUGACCAAGUCGGUCAACACCCUUGAGAAGCACAACGUCGAGCUGAAGAGCCGCCUGGACGAGACCAUCAUCCUGUACGAGACCAGCCAGCGCGACCUGAAGAACAAGCACGCCGACCUCGUCCGCACCGUGCACGAACUGGACAAGGUCAAGGACUCCAACAACCAGCUGACCCGCGAGAACAAGAAACUGGGAGAUGAUCUUCAUGAAGCCAAGGGCGCCAUCAACGAACUGAACCGUCGCCUGCACGAAUUGGAGCUGGAGCUGCGUCGUCUGGAGAACGAGCGCGAUGAGCUGACCGCUGCCUACAAGGAAGCCGAGGCUGGCCGCAAGGCUGAGGAGCAGCGUGGACAGCGCCUGGCCGCCGACUUCAACCAGUACCGCCACGACGCCGAGCGUCGUCUGGCCGAGAAGGAUGAGGAGAUCGAGGCCAUUCGCAAGCAGACCUCGAUCGAGAUCGAGCAGCUCAAUGCCCGCGUCAUCGAGGCGGAGACCCGGCUGAAGACCGAGGUGACCCGCAUCAAGAAGAAGCUGCAGAUCCAGAUCACCGAGCUGGAGAUGUCCCUGGACGUGGCCAACAAGACCAACAUCGAUCUGCAGAAGGUGAUCAAGAAGCAGUCGCUGCAGCUGACCGAACUGCAGGCCCACUACGAGGAUGUCCAGCGCCAGCUGCAGGCCACCUUGGACCAGUACGCCGUUGCCCAGCGCCGUCUGGCCGGUCUCAAUGGCGAGCUGGAGGAGGUGCGCUCCCACCUGGACAGCGCCAACCGUGCCAAGCGCACCGUGGAGCUGCAGUACGAGGAGGCUGCCUCCCGCAUCAACGAGCUGACCACCGCCAAUGUCAGCCUCGUCUCCAUCAAGUCCAAGCUGGAGCAGGAGCUCACCGUGAUCGCCUCCGACUACGAGGAGGUGUCCAAGGAGCUGCGCAUCAGCGACGAGCGCUACCAGAAGGUCACGGUGGAGCUCAAGCACGUCGUCGAGCAGGUGCAUGAGGAGCAGGAGCGCAUCGUUAAGCUGGAGACCAUCAAGAAGUCCUUGGAAGUCGAAGUCAAGAACUUGUCCAUCCGCUUGGAGGAGGUCGAGCUGAACGCCGUCGCCGGCAGCAAGCGCAUCAUCAGCAAGCUGGAAGCCCGCAUCCGCGAUCUGGAGCUGGAGCUGGAGGAGGAGAAGCGCCGCCACGCCGAGACCAUCAAGAUUCUGCGCAAGAAGGAGCGCACCGUCAAGGAGGUGCUGGUGCAGUGCGAGGAGGACCAGAAGAACCUCAUCCUGCUGCAGGACGCGCUGGACAAGUCCACUGCCAAGAUCAACAUCUACCGCCGCCAGCUGUCCGAGCAGGAGGGUGUUUCCCAGCAGACCACCACCCGGGUGCGUCGCUUCCAGCGCGAGCUGGAGGCUGCCGAGGAUCGCGCCGACACCGCCGAGUCCAGCCUGAACAUCAUCCGCGCCAAGCACCGCACGUUCGUGACCACCUCGACGGUGCCCGGAUCCCAGGUGUACAUCCAGGAGACCACAAGGACGAUCACCGAAUAGAGCCCCAUGCUCCGCACCGAGAUCAUUUCAUUAUCAAACGCCAACCGAACCGAACCGAACACAACACAACCCAUCCGAAACCCAGGAAGAAGACCAUCUGGCGGAGGGCAGAGUUCAGAGUUCAGAGUGCACGACGAGAACGAGAUUUGCGUGAGAAAGUUUUUAUAAUUUAAAUUUUUUGUCAACCCCCCAACGCCGCGGCAGCGACCAAGAACCCAGUGGACUUCGGCGGGGGCUCGUAUAGGCUACACACUAUAAAUACAUAACACUACACAUCCUAUCUAUAUAAUAAUAAUACUAUUUUGAAGUUCAUGUAAUUUAAUUAAAAUAAUGAACCUGAAAACCUAAAAACAAAAUAAAAACAAACCAACGAAAACUUGGCAGAGUUUUGCUAGCGAUAGAGAUAAAUACAUAUACCACAUACGAUAUAUGAUACUUGUACGUAGAGAGAUGAGAAAUGAGAAAUGAGAGAUCCACAGAGUUGGCUGAACAAUAACGUUUGAUGGAAAUGGAGCCCAUUUGAACGAAAAGCACUAAAACUUAAUAACUUGAACUGGAAAUGGAAAUGAUAAUCGUCACCAAAAUCCCACUAAGCACGCCACCAUCGCAGCAUCGAGUUAACCGAGUUACAACAACCGCUUCUACUAUUUGUUUUUAGUUCACUUUAUGUUUAGUAGGUAAAUAUCUGUGUGCUCGUAACGAAUUUGAAUUUUACAUUAAAUCAGCAUCAACAAAACUGAGCAA